GCUGCCGGGCUCAUACCGGAGCUUGUGGCGUGUGCGGGGAUGGAAGAGGCCGAGGAGGUGGAGGUGCCUGAAUAUUACAGAGAUGAGGAGGAGGGGGGAGAGGAAGAUGGAGGAGGAGGAGGGAAAGAGUUCUAUGAAUUCCAGCCUCUGCCAACCCUGCUGGAAGAUGAGGAAAACGUCUCCUUGGCGGAUAUUUUGUCACUCCGGGAUAACUGUCUCGCUGAGCAGGACAUUUGGGCAAUCUGCCUGGAAUGCUGCUAUUCCAUGAAGGACAUCUCUCACGCAGCCAUCUUCCAGACUCUGUGUAUUACACCAGACACGCUGGCCUUUAACACCAGCGGCAAUGUCUGUUUUAUGGAGCAGCUUAGCGAUGAUCCAGAAGGUGCUUUUGUACCUCCAGAAUUUGAUCUGACUGGUAACACUUUAGAGGCACAUAUAUACUCUCUGGGUGCAACACUAAAAGCAGCAGUGGAAUACGUGGUUGACCCAGAUUCACAAACAGAAUUUUGUCAAGAUUUAAACUUCAUGCUGGAUUGUAUGCAACAGGAGAACCCGGGAAAGAGACCGGACAUUGAGAGCAUUAUAUCGCAGUGUGAAGAAAAGCUUAACUGUUCCUCUGCAUCCGUUUGUCGAAGCCUUUCAUCCAUUGGAAGAAGGGUCCUCUCCAUAGAAUCCGUCAGCGCUGUACAAGAUGGCUGGGACAGUCUCUGGAAGGAGAUCAACAAAAAGGACAAUAUUAUUAAAGAUCCCUCUAAUGCAAAGGGAAUGCCAAACCAUAUCCUCUCUGUCAAUGAAAGCUGCUUGACUAACAGUUGUAUAACUCAUCAUUCUACCUCAUCACGAGAAGAAGAAUUUCAGAAUGGAUGGCGGGAAGUGGAAUUCAAAAUGGAUAAACCAUGUUCCUCUCCAAAUUCUUUUGGAUGCCACCUAAAGAAAAACAAAAGGGAAAAAACUAAAUUGCCCACCUUUGAAAAGUUUGAGAACGUUGACAGGCUAAAGGUUGAAGAUGAAAUAGCAAAACUUUCUUUAAAAAGACAGCGCAUAAAUAAAAUUUCCCCUGUGGUUAAUCAGGUUGACAAGCACGCUUUGUCCCCGUCUCCGCAAAGUGGAGGAAUGGUCACCCUAAAAAGCUGGCCAUCGGUUCCUAGUUGUUUGUCCCCAAAUGAAAGUAUGGAUGACCAAGAUGACGAAGAAGAUUCUAACGAUGGACAAGCAAAUCAGUCAAAACGUGUCACUUUUGAUAAUUCCUGUCUCUCGUUGCCAAGCAACGCAAACUGUUUAUCCCCCCUUGGACAAUCUAAGUGCCAUUCUCAAGUUUCCUAUGAAAAUUUAGUUCUGGCACUUGAACAGGAAAACCAGCAAAUGCUUAAUAUGAAUAAAAGCAGAUCUCUACAAACAUAUGCAGAUUCCGAGUAUAUGGAUCCAGAAUUUCCAGUGUUAAAUAGAACACAACACAAUGUACAUGAAACACUGAUAUCUCCACCACUUUAUCAGAGGGGGGCUGUCUCUGUCUCAAGACAUGUCAACAGUCCUGAGCUGGAUGUAGAUAUCGAUGGACAUGAGUCAGAUGCUUUACAAGAGGAGCAGCAGUGGAUCCCUCUAAAAGAUAUUUUACUAAAUUAUGGGAAACCUUUGCAAGAAGAUGAACUGUGGGCACUGUGUCAUGAGUGUUUGUGUACACUAAAGACCUACAUUGAUUAUCCAGAAAUGUUAUGCCUGGAGUCUGUACUGGUCAGUCACAAUGGAGAAGUCCUAUUUGUUACACUUGCAAAUGAAGAUUCUCAUGAUGCAUUUUGUGUUCCCCCGGAGUAUGAGCAUGAUGGCGAGGGAGCUGGAACGGAAAAGGCUUGUGUUUACGGGAUUGCAGCUAUUUUAUGGUCAGCAGCAAAGUUCAAUUUCCCUGCUAAUCACAAGCUAGCGCUGCCGAAAAAGCUCAAGCGGUUUCUGCUGCAGAUGGCAAAGAAAGACUCAGUAGAGAGACCGGGUUUAGGCGAAGCCUUGCAGAUUUGCAGAAAAUAUCUACUCCAAAAGAAUCUGGACAGUAAGGCAAUGUGGUCACACUUACUCAGCCUUGCAGAACAGAUCACACAGACUCGUCCACCCUCUGAGAUAUCUGCUGCACACAUGUCAGAGGCUUCAGGUUUUGUACCAGUAGCAACAAACAGUAAACUGAUGGCAGUGCAAGGUCCGGUUCCACUGACUGAUCUACCAGCUGCCUUUACAUCUCCAGCCACAUACUUUAAACCUAUAGUCAUCAUGCAGAAUACAGACGUCAACAGCAAUGAAGUUGCAAGUCAGAAAUCAUCCCCUAAAGAAAGCAUUACUGUGAAAGACCCAGUUAUUGAAGAUGAUAUUUGUGUGUCUGAUAUAGAGAACCAUAUAGAUGAAGAUAAAUUAAGUCAAAUGAGCAAAUCUUCCAGCAGCGCUUCGAGGACUUCCCACAAUCGGAAUUCCAGCCUGCCAGAGUACCCCUCCGAUCGCAAAGAAAAGAUUCCCUCUUCAGCAUCUUCCAUCUCCUCAAACUCUUCAACCCUAGCCAGCAGUCCUUUAGUAAACAAUUAUCUCCUAAAGCAAGACCCUAAGACUGGUAAUCUCACUCUAGUACGAGUACAUCUUAGUAUUCCAGACCAUAUACCAAGCGUGUCUCUGGAGACUGAGCCUGUAUCCCAGAGCAUUAAGACAUAUAAUUCUCCAGCAUCGGAGGCUAGUAAGAACAACAAUGUUGAUAUUAAGGACUAUGAAAAAUAUGACAAUGCUGUGGAUACACUACUCACACCUCAUAGAACACUUAAUGGAAAUAACCGUGAACAAACACAGGAUAACCAGUCAACUAAAUCAUUGUCUGAGACUGUUGUAAAUGGGGAGACUAGAAAAGCCACAUCUACUCCACUGCAGAAAGUGAUCCAACUCUUACAUGAUGAAUUUGCAUUCGAUGGCUAUUUAGAAAAUGGCGUUGAAGACACUGCGAUGGGGGAAUAUAUUUUUGCCUUGAAAGGUCUUCAGCAUGCUACGUUCUGCAGUGCAGUAUGUGAGAAGUUCUGCGACCUCUAUUGGGAAGACAGUCUUCUGGGAAAUCUGUACAAGAUUAUCAAUGGGAAAUCUCCACCUCCUACCAGAAAAUCGAUGAUUGAUCCUUCUCAGGACAGUAGCCCCGCACAGCUUCUGAAAAGGUUAGGCCAGAAGAAAGGCAAAAAACACAGAAAACAUGAAACGUCUGCAAAUGAGCAGAUAAACCUAGCAGAUGGGGAUGAAGACAAGACCAGAGCCACACCAAGUAUUACAGAACAAGAGGUCAAGCCACAGCAUCCGCCCUCUACAGCAGAUGAGGGGACUCCUGUGAUAAACAGCUUGACAGGUUCCGAGACGCAGGUGGCGGCUGGCACGGAGAUUCACACUUCAUUUGAUGAGAUAGAUAUGACUGAUUUCCAACCACAGACCACCGAAAAGGAUCAUCAACCACAAACCCCUCGAGCGCCAGCAGAGAAUGAGGAGGAAUUCAUGUACAGAGUCCUCUCCGAUUGUAACAGUUUGUGUGCGAGUCCCGAUUUCACUGAAGAGAAUGAAGAUGCCAGUGAGUCGUCGUCGCUGAAUCAGCGGGAGAACAUGUCCGUCUGUCCGUCCGAGGUGUACAAGUGUGGUUCCGGCUGGUCCAGUGCAUUUUACGGGUCCGAGUUGUUUGAUCCUGAUGUCCAGCACUAUGUCAGCGUCCUUGGGAGGCAGAAGGAUAAAUGUUCGAAGAGCAUAGAAGCCAAACGGCUGGAACUCGAACAGCAGCUUAUGAUUGAAACAAAGAAUUACAGGAAGACCAUUAAGCUCUACCAGAAUCUGAUGCAGAAGGGAAGGCGAAAUAAAGGUUCGGAUGUAAAAGAAUUGUUACUCAAGCUUAAAGGUCAUUCAGAAGAAAUGAAGUCCAAGGUGCAGUUCCUGGAACUGGCCAAAAAAUUACUCCAGGUUUCUUAUGCAGAACAGUGGGGAGUUGAGCCACGUGACCUUCCUACAGUGGCAAACAUUGCAAGUCAAAAGUCGCUGAGCUCUUCAGAGGAUGACGCCUUCCUUCUAAUAUACAAUGACAGAGGUCAUAGCCGGGACAACACAUCCAAAAAUCUGCAGGCUGGAACACCUCUUGGAUUGCUUGCGUACCUCUACUGCAGGAAUGCUGUUCUGGAUGGCUAUGUGCAGCAGUUGCUCUACACGUUCCGAUAUUUCUGUUCCCAGGAAGAUUUGCUGCAAUUCCUUAUUGACCGGAUUAAUAACACAGCACCAAGGGAAGACACAGACCAGUGCUGUUUGAAUGUAAAAAUCUACCAUCGAUCGCUCGUCCUGUUACAGACUUGGAUUGAAGACUGUUGGAACAUUGAUUUCUCUAUGAAUUCGGACAUGUUAGACAGACUGGAAGACUUGAGCAACUCCCAGAGUCUUCCAAAAGAUGAGCGUGGUGAGCACCUGAUGUCACUGCUGCAUGAACUAACUAAUAAAAAAUACACCAUUUCUUCUCCUGGUUCUGAGAAAAAGGAUGACACCAAAUCUUUACAUUCCCUCUGCACCAGGUUUUCGGAGGAUAAUAUAUCCAGGAAGAGCUUUAACUGGAAACUCUCUAAAGGUAAUGGACUCCAUAUAACCCAUCACAGGGAUAAGCAGUAUACAAUAUCAGCAGCUUUACCUCGGCCGUGUUACCCUGGCUUUGUAGACGAUCUGUCCUCCUAUUAUAUGAAGGGAGACGAGGCUGGACCAUACUCUAUACAUGAGUGCAGUGUUCAGCAGAUCUCAACUCAGCUCACUUUACUCCAAGAGGAAAUAUUUCAGAAGUGCCAUCCUGUCCAUUUCCUGAACUCACGGGCACUAGGGGUUAAAGACAAAUCCAGCAAUGUGACAAGAACGUUCUCCUCGGAGGCUCUGACAGCUGAAGUUAGCAGUCUGUUCUCGCUAACUUCUACACAUGAUAAGUACCUGCUGCAGUUGUUAAGAUUCGCAGACAGUGUCAGUAUGUGGGUGGCAGCGGAAAUUGUUACAUGUCACACAUCCAAGUUGCAGACAAACCUUUUGACAAAAUUUCUCCUCGUUGCCAAAUUAUGCUACGAACAGCGAGAUUUCUCCUCAGCCGUGCAGAUCCUCGGAGGGCUGGAGAACCUCAUUGUCCGGCAGCUCCCGGCUUGGAAAAACUUACCCUCCAAAGUUUCUGAAAUUCUAGAAGAGCUAAAAGCUGUCGAGGUGUUUUUGAAGAGUGACAGCUUAUGUCUGAUGAAAGGAGACAGAUUCAGAACAUUACCCACAAUCCCUUCUGCUUACCUCUUAGCGAUGCAUGUUCAGCAGCUUGAGACUGGCGGAUUCACCAUGGCGAAUGGAGCAUUUAAGUGGAAUAAGCUUAGGAAUAUUGCAAAAGUCAUAAGCCAGGUUCAUGCGUUUCAAGAAAUCCCAUACACCUUUACUCCAGAUCAAGAUUUUCAGUUUUACCUCCGGCAGCGCAUUUCACAUUUCGGCGAGGCCGAUAUCUCCGCUUUGGCCGCUGACAACAACGCCAAUUUCCAUCACGUAAACUCUGAGAAACAUUCUCGUAAGAUCCAGGACACGCUGCGCAGAAUGAAGGCCACGUUUCAGUGAAAGCCAUAGACAGCACUUUACAUUUGUCUCCCUUCAAGAAAACCAAAGAGCAAACUGUAGAUGAGAGCUUCUGCGUUUUGAUUAGUGGUCGCUGGUAUUGGCAGAUUAGGAGUGAUGGUGAUUGAAGGGACACAAACACUUACAAAAGGGCUCAUGCAGUAGAACAAUAUCUGUUCCCAGCUUUUGUUGCUGAGUUGAUUUUGCCCAAUUGCAGAGUGCAAUAAUUUACAUAAGCUUGCCUCAUGUGUGCAGGUGAUCAUGUUAAUGUGUUAGCCAAAUCUUCUAGAUCUCCCAUUUUGUAAUUCAUGGCCGUCUCUUGAGAAUCAGAAUAUUUGCAUACAAUAUCAUUUUUACUGC